UACAGUAUUCAUCUCUCUCUUCAGUCUUCACUCUUCACCCAUCCUUUGUGUUUAGUACUGCUGCUCUGUAAAGGGUGGAGAUGAGAGCAAUGGCGGACAAAGAGAACUGCACGAGAGUGACGCGGCUGUCGAAGAAGAGGGCGGCGGAGUCGAUGGCGGCUCAGCUGCAGCAGCAGAGCAAGAAAAGAGUGGUUUUGGGAGAGAUUACCAGCGUCCCAAAUGUGGGUCUGAGUCAGAUUUCGGAGCAACAGAAACCCAAGCCCAGGCGGGCUAAGAGGAAGGUUUUGAAGGCUGCGGGUAAAGGGGUGACGGAGAAGGGGAAACAUGAGGAUAAUGGAACCGAUAUUGAUGCGAAAUCUGAUGACCCACAGAUGUGCGCCGCCUAUGAUUCUGAGAUUUAUGAGUAUAUGCGCCAAAUGGAGUUUCAGCAGAAAAGCAGACCAUUGCCUGAUUACAUUGAGAGAGUUCAGAAAGAUUUGAGUGCAAAUAUGAGAGGAAUCUUGGUAGAUUGGUUGAUUGAAGUUGCAGAGGAAUAUGUACUCCUUCCAGAUACUCUUUAUCUAGCUGUUUCCUAUAUUGAUAGAUUCUUGUCCACAAAUGUUCUUACCCGACAAAAGCUUCAGCUUUUGGGUGUUUCUUCCAUGCUUAUUGCCUCAAAGUAUGAAGAGAUCAGUCCUCGCAAUGUCGAAGAAUUCUGUUACAUUACAGAUAACACCUAUACCAAAGAUGAAGUGGUAGAAAUGGAGGCAGAUGUCCUCAAAUCGCUCAAGUUUGAACUGGGCAGUCCCACAAUCAAGACGUUUCUUAGAAGGUUUACCCGAGUUUCUCAAGAAGACUAUAAAACUUCAAAAUUGCAAUUAGAGUUUUUGGGCGACUACUUGGCCGAAUUGAGUUUGUUGGAUUACAGCUGCCUUAAAUUCUUGCCUUCCUUGGUAGCUGCUGCCGUUAUAUUCCUUUCCAGGUUUACUCUUCAACCAAACCUGCAUCCCUGGAACAAAGCACUCCAACAAUAUUCGGGAUAUAAACCAUCUUCUUUGAAGGAAUGCGUUAUGAUAAUACAUGACUUGCAAUUAAGUAGAAGAGGAGGUGUUUUGAUAUCUGUAAGGGAGAAAUACAAGCAACACAAGUUCAAGUGUGUAUCAAUGCUCUCAUCCCCACCCGAGAUACCAGAUUCCUAUUUCGAAGAUGUGAUUGUACAAUGAGUGAUUGUGUGACAACUUAGCUUAGGCGGUGAAGCUUCAUUAACCCAGAGGUACAAAUGUUUGUUCUAGCCUGUAUAUCACCCGAUGCCUUAUUGGUACGCAAGAUUGGUGUAUCUUGUAUCUGUUUGAAUUGCUGACUUAGACAAGUGUGUUUGCCCUUGCUGAAUUAAUGUAACUUUUGGAAAGUCCAGAUUUUUUGGCUUGGAAUUUUGGUGUAAUGCAAAUUUAGCGGAUUUUACA